AUGCGAAGUCACGCCCCAUCUACCCCUUUAUACCCAUUUACCUCGGAUACUAGGUCUCCACGUCCAGGCACCAGUAGGACAGCUGCUGGGGAACAUCGAGUACCUCGACCUACGACAGCAGCAACUACAUCGCCUUCCCAGGAAAUUGUAUGUGCUAUAAGUGAAUCCAGGGGUAUUUCUCCAGCUGUUGGGUUGGCCUUUGUCAACCUAUCCACCUCAGAAGCUGUUCUUUCUCAAAUUUGUGAUAGCCAGACCUACGCUAGAACGAUCCACAAGCUUGCUGUAUUUGAGCCCACGGAGGUGCUCUUGAUGAACACCUCUAAAGAACCUUCUUCAAAAUUAUAUGCUGCCGUCGGAGAGAACCUAUCCCAUAUCCGAACCGUUACUGUUGAUAGGAAAUACUGGUCCGAGCAGAAUUGCCAUGAUUAUGUUGAGCGGUUAUCUUUCAAAGAGGAUACUGAAACCAUAAAAAUGGCUCUAGAGGGCAGUUAUUUCUCUGCCUGCUGUUUUGCAGCUGCCUUAUCGUAUAUCGAGCUAGAGCUCUCUGUGACAUUUGCUCCUCACUCUCUUAGAUUAAGAUACGAGCCGUCUGAAGGGUCUAUGAUGAUAGAUCUAGCCACCAUUGUCUCGUUAGAACUUAUUCAGAACCUGCAAAAUGCAAAAUCAAAGGAUUGUCUUUUCGGAAUACUCAAUGAAACUCUCACACCAAUGGGUGCCCGACUACUGAGAAGCAAUAUCCUACAGCCUUCCACCGAAGUUUCCAAGUUAAACCUGAGAUAUGAUGCUGUUGAAGAGUUAUCGUCGAACGAGGAGAUGUUUUUUGCUGUUCGACAAGCUCUUAAGUCGUUCCUUGAUUCCGACCGAGUAUUAGCGGCUUUGACUGUUGUUCUAAAAAAGCCGAGCAUCUCAUAUGCUGAACAAUCUAUUAAUAAUAUUAUUAUGCUGAAAACAUUUAUAUCUUGUAUACGGCCCAUCUAUGAAGCGUUAAUCCAAACACUUCUCAGUGAAACGUUAAAUGACGACGUUAGAUACCAAUCCAGCGCUCUUGACCUACGAAACCACAGAACUUACGCUGUCAAAGCUGGAGUAAACAACCUCCUUGAUGUUGCGAGACAAACCUACAUGGAGGCCAAUGAUGACGUAGCAGAGCUAUCAGCUCGUCUUUCUGCGGAGCAUGGUAUCCCAUUAGAUUUGAGGUUUGAAUCUGGCCGUCAUUAUUAUUUCCGCGUAAGAUCUACUGAUCUCCAAGGAGUAGUACUGCCUGAUAUUUUCAUCAACGUUUAUCGGAAAAAGGCAUUUGUGGAAUUCCAAACCCUAGACCUCGUGAAGAUGAACCAAAAAAUAACAGACUCCCAUAACGAAGUGAUUAGUAUGAGCGACCGGAGCAUUCAAGAGCUUAUUGAUGACGUUAGAACCAUGAUUUCAAACUUAUUUCGGAUCAGCGAGGCAAUCGCUAUGCUUGAUAUGAUUGCAGCCUUUGCCUACAUACAAGCCACACAGGGCUAUGUACGCCCUGAGAUAACACCUAUUCUGGCCAUCAAGGCUGGGAGACAUCCUAUUCGAGAGAAAAUCCACUCAACAAAAUAUAUACCCAAUGACAUUUACGCCUCACCACAGUCCCGCUUUCAGAUAAUAACUGGCUGCAACAUGAGUGGAAAAAGUACAUAUAUUCGAUCACUUGCUUUGAUGGCAGUAAUGGCGCAAAUUGGAAGCUCCGUUCCUGCGCAGUAUGCCUCAUUCCCGAUUGUGCACCAGCUAUUCGCUAGGGUGUCAGCGGAUGAUAACCAGAUUACCAACGUGUCAACGUUCUCCACUGAGAUGAGGGAAAUGGCUUAUAUUUUACGGAACAUUGACGCAAAAAGCAUGGUCAUUGUAGAUGAACUAGGCCGUGGAACUGCUUCCACAGACGGGCUUGCCAUCUCAAUUGCUAUUGCGGAAGCUCUCAUGGAAACCCAUGCCUUGGUCUGGUUCACUACCCAUUUCCAUGAUUUAGCCCGGAUUAUGGAGCAUCGUAGCGGGGUUAUAAAUCUGCAUCUUGCUGUUGAUAUGUCCGAGCCGCAAUCAAAAAUAAACAUGCUAUAUAAGAUAGCGGAUGGAUACGUACGAGAACAACAUUAUGGCCUCGCGCUCGCCAGAAUAUUCUCUUUACCUCCGUACCUCAUCGAGGUGGCCGAUGAGGUGUCACACCGACUUACUUUAGCAGCGCAGAACAGAGCCAAGUCGUCUGCAGCCAUUUCCCUUGCCAAACGGCGUAGGCUUCUCUUGACCUUGGUAGAACAGUUGAUGCAUGUCUGCAAUGGGGUCAUGGAAGGUGAGGCGCUCAAGGAAUGGCUUCUCAGACUUCAAAGGGAAUUCACUUUGCGCAUGACGGAUACUGAACCAGAAACAGAAUCUAACGUAGAUGACAGAGAAAUAUCAUUAUCACCUAGGGAAACUGAGGGAUCCCACGUAGAUGUUGAGAAUAUCGAGGCGAUAUCUCAGGCUUCCAGUCAAUCCCUUCCAAUAAGUCCAAUAUUUAGCCGCAAAUGUCCUAGGGGCUUAGUCCAUCACUCCAUCGGAAAUAGCGAGCUGGUACUAGACAGCGGCAAUGAGCAGCUAGGCACUACUCCCUCCUGCACAUCAAAUAGGUAG